AUGUCCAGAUAUGAUACCCGAACGACAACCUUCUCACAAGAAGGACGAUUGUUUCAAGUGGAGUACGCACUAGAAGCCAUCAACAACGCUUCAAGCACCAUGGGGAUAGUAACAAAAGAGGGUGUAGUAUUAGCUGCGGACCGUUUGGUGUCAACAAAGUUGCUUGACCCGGGUUUGUCGAAGGAGAAAAUUUACGUGGUGGAUGAGCACAUUGCUGUGGCGGUAGCAGGAUGGACGGCAGAUGCUAAUGUAUUGUUGAAUGAUGCGCGAUUGACGGCUCAAAGACAUCGUUAUCGUUUUGAUGAGCCAGUGAGUUUGGAAAGCUUGGUUACUCACUUAUGUGAUAUAAAGCAAAGUUAUACUCAGUUCGGAGGACUUCGACCGUUUGGUGUAUCAUUCUUAUUUGCUGGUUACACUCCCUCCUUUGGUCAGACUGAUACUAAUUGCUCUAAUACUGCAUCAGAGUAUGCCGAGUUCCCAUUCCAACUUAUUCUUACUGACCCUGCGGGUAACUUCAGCGGCUGGAAAGCAACCGCCGUCGGACAGAACAGCGUAACAGCACAAAGCAUACUGAAACAAGAAUGGAGAGAUGACCUCACUCUCCAAGAAGGUCUAGAACUAGCCGCCAAAAUAUUAACACAAAUCACAGAUGCUGGUAACCAAACGCUCGAACAAACAGAAUUCGCAAUACUCUAUAUUAAAGAUGGCCAAGUAAAACAAAGAUUCCUCUCCCAAAACGAAGUCUCGGAACUCCUGAAAAAGGCUGCAGCCUCCGCAAAAAUCGUCAUUAAGGAUUAA